UUGGGAACAUGGCAUCUUUAAUCAGACUAACCAGACUGUAUAAAUCAGGUGAAACAACCUUAGUUUUUAGACAUCUGGCCGUGGUCAUCAGUGUCACGCCUCCGCAGGCUGAUCAUGUACAUGUGAUUGGUCAGGGAUGUUGUUCCCCAACAUCUGUCCAUUAGGUCAGCUAUGUGAAAGUUAGUUAUUUUUAGCUUCUGGGCUGAUUUUCCUCCCAUUAUUCUCCUUUUUCCUCCCUGGACAGCUGGCCUGUGGCAGAAUCUGCCUUCCUCGCUGUCUGGAUGGCUGCAAGAUUCACCACUGCCUUAUGUCGGCUGUCCAGGUGCCGGAACAAGCUGUAAGACUGACCCUGUGGUCUUUAAUUUUGAAGCAGAAUAUGGAAGCAAUCAGAUCCACAGGAGAGGACAGGACCCGGUGGCGAUAAAAACCACCUGCUGCAACAAUAGUAGAAAAACUAUCCUCAGUAUUUGGCAGGGGAGUGAGAGAAAAGGAUCCCCGCCUGUCCUUGAGUCAAGCAGUGAGGACCUUAUCUGCCUCAACGAUGUCAGCUCACUGAUUCAUGCUGCGACUCUGCCACCGACCCAUCUCUCUGUUCCUCUCCUGGGCUCUAUUCCACAGAGACGUUGAGGUUUGCUGCUCUGUUGUUGUGGUCAUGGUGUAUGGUGCAGUGACCCUGCCUGUGACAGGCGAGGAGUCAGAGGAGCAGGGCCAUGACUGGCUCUCCUGGUCCUGGUGGGCGUGCCUUAGUGCCAUGGCCGAGGAUGUGGCGGUGGGUCCUGGCUGCUUCUCUGGUCGCCAUUGUAACUUUGACACUGCCUGGAAGUAGCCAAGCCUGCCCGCCACGGUGCGAGUGCUCGGCUCAGCUGAGGUCAGUGUCGUGCCAGCGGAGGCGGCUCACCAACAUCCCAGAGGGCAUUCCCACAGAGACACAACUCCUAGACCUAAGCAAGAACCGCCUCCGCUGGGUGCAAGCAGGUGACCUGGCACCGUACCCACGGUUGGAAGAAGUGGACCUCAGUGAGAACCUCAUCGCAACAUUAGAGCCCAAUGCCUUUGCCACCCUCCAGAGUCUUAAAGUGCUUAAGUUGAGAGGGAACCAGCUGAAGUUAGUGCCCAUGGGGGCCUUCGCCAAGCUGGGCAAUCUGACCAGCCUGGACCUGAGUGAGAACAAGAUGGUGAUUUUACUGGACUACACCUUCCAGGAUCUAAAGAGUCUGAAACGUCUGGAGGUGGGAGAUAACGACCUAGUUUAUAUAUCCCACAAGGCAUUCUCAGGGUUGCUGGGGCUGGAAGAUCUCACAAUAGAGCGCUGCAACCUGACAUCCAUUUCUGGCCAGACGCUGUCCUAUCUCCGCAGCCUGGUCACCCUUCGUCUCCGUCACCUCAGCAUCUCCGCCCUGGAGGAUCAGAACUUCCGCAAGCUCUCCAACCUGCGGGGUCUGGAUAUCGAUCACUGGCCAUACCUGGAGUACAUCUCCCCUCUUAGUUUCCAGGGCCUGGAUCUCCACUGGCUCUCCAUCACCAACACCAACAUCACCUCUGUCCCCUCUGCUUCCUUCAAGAACAUGGUGCACCUCACACACCUCAACCUCUCCUACAAUCCCAUCACCACACUCGAGCCCUGGGCCUUCAGAGACCUGCUGAGGCUGAAGGAGCUCAUCAUGGUAAGCACAGGGUUGAUGACAGUGGAGCCCCAUGCCCUUGGAGGCCUCCGACAGAUCCGGGUCCUCAACUUCUCCUCCAACGACCUGCAGACUUUGGAAGAGGGCUCCUUCCACUCUGUCAACAGUCUGGAGACCCUCAGAGUGGAUGGAAACCCCCUGAUGUGUGACUGCCGUCUGUUGUGGAUCCUGCAAAGACGCAAGACCCUCAACUUUGACGGCAGAGUGCCGGUGUGUGCGGGGCCGGUGGAGGUGCAAGGGGUCAGCCUGAGCACCUUCACCGAUUCUGCACUCUUCGAUCACUUUACAUGCCAGAAACCUAAGAUACGCAACCGUAAGCUCCAGCAGGUGAUCGCUCGUGAGGGCCAGCCAGUGAGUUUCCUCUGUCGUGCUGAAGGAGAACCUGCACCUGCUAUUGUCUGGAUUUCCCCACAGCGCAGACGGAUCACUGCUAAGAGUUCAGGGCGCAUUACUGUUCUCCCUAGUGGCACCCUGGAGAUCCGCUACGCCCAGCUUACUGACAGCGGAACAUACAUCUGCAUUGCCAGUAACGCCGGAGGCAAUGACACCUACUUCGCUACGCUCACAGUCCGUGGCCAGCCGCUAGACGCUGCCUCAGCCUUCUUUCUCAACCGCUCGCUGUACAGCGGCGAGUUCUUCAACGACACAAAUCUGAACAGCACGCGUGUUUUCCUCAAGUUCACCUUGGACCUGACCACCAUCUUGGUCUCCACAGCGAUGGGUUGCAUCACCUUCCUGGGGGUGGUCCUCUUCUGUUUCCUGCUGUUGUUCGUGUGGAGCCGAGGACGCGGCCAACGCAAGAACAACUUCACAGUGGAGUACUCUUUCCGGAAGUCCGAGCCCGCCACUGGAGGCGCCUCGGGAGGGACCAGGAAGUUCAACAUGAAGAUGAUAUGAAACAACGCAGCCAGGGGUCCCUCGGGGGAGGCAUGAACACGUCCCAAAAACGUGUUUGACACACGCAAACACACACAGCCACUGACUCGCAAAGAAGUUUGAAAGAGCAAUAAUAGUUGCUGUUCAUGGCUCUAUUCAAAAUUGAAUGACCACAUCAAAACUGGAGCCAUGUCUCGAUUUGGUUUGAUCUGUGAAUGAAAACAAAAUGACCCUGAUCUUUCUGCCUCUCAGUGGUUUUAUUCAGCAUGUGGUUAAAAACAUGUAUACUGUAAGGAAAAACAAUUCUGAUAGAUUUGAAAGAUCUACUUGUCAUUCAUGCCUGAUACAAAUAAUAGAGUGAAGAAUUAUAGGUGUUAAGUUGUAAAUUAGCAUGAUUACUGAGCUGUGGAAUAUGGGCAGUCCUGUCUCUUGGUUAUAUUAAUGAGAAAUUGAAAAUGAUUUCCUUUUUCAUUUAAAUUCCUGUACUGUCUCUGUGCAGUACAGGAAUUUAAAAGAAAUGUAAUACAGCAAGACCUCACUCCCAUUCAUUUAUAGAAUUUGUAGCUAUGCUCUUCUAAAGCCUGCCUUGUUAAGGAUCAUGCUUGUAGAGAGUUAAGUUGUAAAUUCAUACCACUGAAUAAAACAAAUGGUUUUGAAA